GCGUUUCUGGUUGCAGGAAAAAAAGGUCUUUGGGACGAAUGGGUAGGCUCAGCCCAGACUGCCCAACUGGGGCAGUGUGGUUUGUUCAGGAAAUGGGAUCAAGAUCGAUCAAUUGGAAUUCAGUUCGUAAUUACUUGAGAACUGAGGAAUCUCUUGAAGAUUAUGCCAAAUUUCGUCAUUCACUUAUGGACAACUUCUCCUCUCUGGUCCUGUCUGCUACCACUGAAAACGAGGUUCCAUUCGGAUGGUAUGCUAAUAUCGAGCUACGCACACUUGAGACUUAUUAUUUUAUUGCUAGCUUGAGGUCUUCUCGUCACAAACGGCAUGCUGCCCCUAUGAAUGAAAUGUUCCAAGAUGUUCUACCGGAAUGGAAAGGUUUUUCUUAUCCUAUGGGAAGUGAAGUCCAUGGUCAUAACUUUGAUUUGGCGUCUGAAUUACGUGAGUUGAAGCAUAUUCACAGCUAUUAUGCAUACGCAAAAAGCCUUUCCAAAUGUGAUUUUAUCAAGUUGGACAGCGAUUUCGAGGAAAUAUUUCAAAGGCUUAAAUCUGAGAAUAGAUGGCCUGAACUCUCAGAUGAUUUUCUCAGGGCUUUGUUGGAGAACCAUUUUUCGCUCCUUCAUGAGUUGAAUGAUAAUUUGAGUGUGAUGGAUGUUAGUGCUGGAAACAGGCUUAAGGGAAAUAGGGUAUUGGAAGCAAUCAACAAACUAUAUGCUAAAGAAUUUGGUGAUAUUACCAAGAACUAUGAGGAGCUGUGGAUAAACAAAUAUUUUGUUCCCCACAUGAAUUAUAAGAGCAUGGUGCAGAAAAAUCUUGAUCGGGCGCAAGUUUUAAGAACGGAAUAUAUUACGCAGGAAAGCCACCUGACCACCCAGAAGCGGUUUGAACUGAAAAAUAGAGCACUAGUUGCAAAGAGUUGGAUACUGGAGAAGCUAUCCCAAAUGAAAGGCCGAGAGGGAGGGCAAUAUCGGGGUCCUGGAACUCGAUGUGUGCCUGGGCUGCUGUUGGUUUUUGCAUCUCUUACUGCUUGGCUGGCUCUUGAUAGCAGAGGUAAAGAGCAGGUUUGAUCCAAAUAAUGGAGGAGCAGACCCUGACAAGUUCUCGAAAGCCAUAUGUGAGCUGGGAUUUGCUUCUGUAUCAAAGGUUUAUACACGUUCUCUCGUUGUUUGCUGCAUUUUUAUUUUUAUUUUUGGCCUUUGUCCUUGCUAAUUGUAAGUACAAUGUGCAGGAUUUCUCAAUAAAAUGUUCAUAUUGCUAUACUUCAAGAAAAAGGCUAGCCUUAUCUCAUUUUGCCACCAAGACUCCAUUCAAGUACCCAUCAAAAUUAAUUUUUUGUUCCUACAGGAGAAGCGAAAUUCCAAGAACGGGAAAUCAAAUGGCCUGAGUUGAACCCCUGUUUGUACAAGCGUCAGUGAGCUAUGAACAGAAUGCUUGAGAGUGUGGACCUUGAAACAUGUCUAACAUGUUUAGUGACCGGCUAGAUGUUUCUGAUAUUGUCUACGUGUUAAGAAUCAGUAUGAAGGGGUGCCAGAUUCUGGGGAUUCAGAGAUUGAGGAACAACAGUUCGAAUUUAUCAUUUUACUUUUCCAGGCACUGAAGUGUUUCGGUAAUUGUUGUUACAGGCCUCGUUCAAUCUUAAAAACUAGUUGCUAA